UGAUUCGAUGUGUACAUGUAACUGUUUUGGCUCUAGGUACCUGUUAUUCAAUAUUCCCUAACCAACCUUUAAUGAGAUGUGCGUCCCGAUUUCGAAGCUGCGAACUCAUGAAAGAAGCAUUCCUCUUGUAUACGUUGUGUGUGUAGGUACUUGGGGUAAGAUUGCGAAUGGCGUCAUACCUCUACUUGACACCCUAGGUACCUCAUACAUUAGGUACUUUACCGAGCUGCCAGACCAGCCACAUCUAUCCGAAGACGGGUAGUUGCAGUGUGUAUGGAAAAGGGAGAAAAGGGAGAAAAGGGAAAAGAAGGUGCACCUGUUGGGUACGUAAAUUUGUUGACGGCAAGAGCCCAGAGAUGGGAAAGCACCGUAUUGUACAUAAGGUACUAGCAUGGAGAAGAUGGAGAGCAUCGAACUUACCUUCCAACUUUUACCUGCGCUCAAGACGUCCGCUAUACCCGAGCAAGAUGAGCAUCCUUAAAGGGAAUGAUAUUCCCGGCAAAGAAACCCAACAGCUGAUUCCGCCCAGCCCCAACAACGUGGCCUUGGAAUCUGUCUCCGCCAUGGUUAUGGGAGGCCAGUCUUCCAAAGACCAAGAGUUCUGCCCCUGGCGUUUCGUCAAAUACUACCCCCGUCUCAUAGUCGACAUCGGUCAAAGAAAAAAGGUACAAAAGUUUCUUAAGUUGACUUUGUUUGAAAAACAUUGUUGGGAUUUUUUCUGUCUGCCAUAUCCUGGCACAAUGGAUAGAGAACCUCUUCUACUUGUCCCUAGUUCUCAAUUCCAGCAAUAUCUCAAGAUUAUCAGCGCCCAUCUGGGAUUGCAACUCGAAGUUCCGAAGGACGGACCCGGCGUCAACUUCUUCGUCACGUUCGGAGAGAAUGGCACGCCUAUUCCCCGUUUUCUAGGCCGCGCUUCUCAUCGGGACGCCUUUAGAGAGCUUACACGUAAAACUCACAGGUUGCCUGUAGAUGAUUUAUCUCAGCUCACCCUCGAUGCCUUGCAGAAGUACAGAAAGAAGAUUGAUGAAUUGUAUAAGGAACUCGAUGUGGAAAGCCCGUCUAAAAGACCUGACGAGAAAAAGCCACAAGGGGAAAAUCGCUACGAGGAAAAGUCGCAUUACGCGCUUAUUGGUGGGCGGUUGAUUGAUGAAGCACAGAGUUACCUCAAGCUUCGAAAGCCUCUCGAAAAGCAUAUUAUGACCACCGAUUCGGAAGUGGACACGCCAACACCUUCCAAAGCAGAAGACUCCGUCCGAUUUAUCGCCGUGGACGUUGAAGUAUGGGAGUUGUCACCGCUCGCAGUCACAGAAGUCGGCCUAGCAGUCCUUGACACUCGGGACAUUGCAGACACUCUUUCUGGUGCAGACGGCCAUGGAUGGUUCCCCUUAAUCAAGUCGUACCACUUCAUAAUCGAGGAGAAUAAGCACAUGGUCAAUCACAGAUUUGUCAACGGGCGUCCCAUGUCAUUUAACUUCGGGGUUUCUGAGUUUAUUUCUCGCAACCAUGUCAAUAGGGCAAUCGGCAAGAUUAUCGGAGACGACAAGUCUGAUGAUCAAAGGCCAGUCAUCCUAGUGGGACACGAUGUCGAUAGAGACCUAGAAUACAUUACGAAGCUCGGAUACAAUAUUUGGAAGGUGCCACAGGUUAUUCAGACGACCCAUAAUCCGAUCGACACGCUCCCGAUGUUCUAUCAGUUUAAAGAUUCGGGUAUAGGGCGUAGCCUCGGCGCCAUGUGCGAAUAUUUCAACUUGUCGUAUUACAACCUUCACAACGCGGGCAACGAUGCAACAUACACACUGCAGGCUAUGAUUGCUAUGGCGUUUAAGAAAAAAAAUAGCAGAGCUCCGUUUCGGAUGCUAAAUCUUCAAGACCAAUCCCCCACAGAGCAUUGCGCACCCGGCAAAUCGCCUCCCCACUCCAACAUCGACAUCGCCAGACGCUUGGGAAACUAUCCUUUAGGCAGGCAAGGAUGAAGAAAAGGGCAAUUCAUAACCACCUUAGCUCUGGGACUGAGGGUUGACUUAAGAAAGCAGUUUGAGAAGAGACUUUGCUCCAAGAUGGGGCAGUAUUGAUACUGUAGAUAAAAUAUACAACCAAUAUACAGCCCAAAUGAAAUAAAAUCCCUUUUAAGUCACCUUAAACGCCAUCGCUCCAUGGAUGCUAUGGUAUUAUACAUUUUGUGGUAGAACCAGGAUCGUGACCACGUUGCAA